AUGGCCUCCCACAAGCCAACUUACGCCCAGGCCCUCGCCCACGCAAAAGUCCUCCACGACGACUUCCAAACCGAACUCGCCGCCUUCCGCCAGAAUCUCAGCUCGCACUGGGACAGCUGUAAGGACAUCCUCGAAACCUUUGAAGACGGGGAUGAUUUGAUUGGGGGUCGGGAAGCGGACCGUGUGGAGGUGAAGAAAGGGCGGUACACAGAUGAUGAGUCCGGGACAGGCCAGGGCAAUGGUGAACAACCUUGGGUCUUUGAAGAGUAUGACCCCGGAGCUUCAGGCAAGGCUGGCCCUGAGGAAUGGUGGGAGGAUUCGGAGAAGAAAGAGGCGAAUCUUAUUGAUCUGAGCUAG